AUGUCUCCGACACAAAACAUGCCGAGCCCAGUGACUCCAGCAUGGUGGAAGGAGGCAUCGGUCUACCAAAUCUACCCUUCUUCCUUCAAAGAUACCAACGGAGAUGGUAUUGGCGAUAUUCCCGGCGUGAUUGAGAAACUGGACUACUUCAAGCAAUUGGGUGUCGAUAUUGUCUGGCUAUGUCCUGUUUACCCAUCGCCCCAGAUCGACAUGGGAUACGAUGUGUCUGACUACCGCGACAUUGAUCCUCAAUAUGGAACCAUGGCUGAUGUUGAACGGCUAAUUGAGGGUUUGCACGCUCGAGGGCUGAAGUUUCUGAUGGAUCUUGUCGUCAAUCAUACCUCUGACCAGCAUGAGUGGUUUCAACAAUCAAGAUCAUCCCGCGACAAUCCCUAUAGGAACUGGUACAUCUGGCGUAAGCCUCGCUACGAUGAGAACGGCGAGCGACAACCUCCCAACAACUGGCUCUCUUGCUUUAGUGGUAGCGCAUGGGAGUACGACGCAGCGUCUGAUGAGUAUUACCUCCACAUAUUCGCCAAAGAACAGCCUGACCUCAACUGGGAACAUCCUCCUGUGCGUGAAGCCGUGCAUGACAUCAUUCGAUUUUGGCUGGACAAAGGCGUUGAUGGAUUUCGGAUGGACGUGAUCAACUUCAUCAGCAAAUCUGAUGGAUUGCCGGAUGCGCGAAUCCGAAACCCUGGAGCCAAGUACCAAUGGGGUCAUGACCAUUACGCUUGCGGUCCUCGACUCCACGAGUAUCUCCGUAACAUCGGCACGAUUCUUAAAGAGUACAAUGCUUUCUCUGUCGGCGAGAUGCCUGCGGUGGAGGACCCUGAAGAAAUCAUCAAGAGUGUUGGGGAAAGCCGCGGCGAGCUGAACAUGAUCUUCAACUUUGGGAUCGUUGACAUGGAUCACGGCGACCAAGGAAAAUUCUCGCCUCGAAAAUGGGAGAUGAAGGUUCUGAAGGCAAUUGUCAAUAAGUGGCAAACGUUCAUGUACAAGAACAGGGGCUGGAAUGCUUUGUAUCUUGAGAAUCACGACCAAUCUCGCACUGUCAGCCGAUGGGCAUCCGACAAGCCUAUAUACCGUGCGCUAUCAGCGAAAAUGCUAGCCACUUUUCUCUGCUUCCAAAGCGGAACAGUUUUUGUCUAUCAGGGAGAAGAAUUGGGUAUGGCCAAUAUGCCGAAAGACUGGGAGAUGAGCGAGCAUCGUGAUCUGGAAACGUUGAAUCAUUGGGAAGAGCUGAAGCAGAUGACGGGUUCGAAGGCGGCAGUUCUCGAGAUUGCUCGACAGGAGUAUCAGCUCAAGGCGCGAGAUAAUGCACGAACACCAGUGCAGUGGGAUGGCACGCCCAAUGCAGGAUUCACAACGGGUACGCCCUGGAUCAGAGUCAACGACGACUACAAGACAUGGAACGCAGCAGCACAAGUCGCGACACCAGGUAGCGUUUUUGAGUACUGGCGAUCUGCGCUCACGCUGCGAAAGGAACUGAAGGAUAUGAUCAUCUAUGGUGAUUUUGAGAUGCUCGAUGCAGAGAAUGACGAUAUCUUCGCAUAUGCACGAUCAAAUGGCAAGCAAAAGGUGGUGGUUGUUUGUAGCUUCCGGGACCGAGAUAUUGAGUGGCCGAUACCUGCUUCUACAGACUUGCAGUUGAGCAAAGUUUUGUUGUCCAACUACCCCGAUGUUGAUAUAUCGCAGGAUGCGAUCACCGUCCGCCCAUUCGAGGCUUUUAGUCAUGCUCUGGAGUUGCUCACAAACACAGAUCGAUCGCUAUCCAUCGCAGGAAACCCGCAACACCACGACACUCGCCGUCCCCCGAUACUUACAUUGCGUAGCACUUGGUCGCUGGCUUUGCGCUCGCUCGCCGUUAUGCUGGAGCCUCGAGACUUGACCCAGGCCAAAAGGUCCAAGAUCUAUUGGGAAAAAAUAUGCCUACCUCCAACCCACACGAUACCGGAGCUGGCCUUCAAGAAACCCAGCUCGAAUAGUCCAGUCAUAACGCUGACUGAAGCCGAUCUCGAUCGAGUGAAGAAACUGAUCAGCCCUCCAGAUACGCCUUCCGAAAGACUGGAGAUUCCGGAAGAGCUCGCGGAUUUGAAAGCCGAGGACCUGUGGAGGUACGACCCGAUGACCUGGACGCUCAGGUACUGCACAGAUCUGAUGGAAGCACCAGAAGAUCCUGCGCCUGAAGUACUCCCACCCGCACUCCGACUCGUCCACGUCCGAAGCGACGCCCCGUACAGUAUAAGAAACCCCGCGGCACUUCCCCCGAUUCCCGAAGAGAAGGCUUUAGACGCUCCCGAAGAGUUGUCGCAUGAGAAACAGAUCCGCGCCAAUCGUGCAAACUCCAUCGAAGGCGACGAACCACUCAAUCAUCACUACGAAUCGGAUGCCGCGCUGCGAGAGUCGAGAAACCAGAUCGCGCGGGUAGACCAAACGAACGAUAAGAUCAAGGAGUAUAUUGCAGACUUGAGUCUAAAGUUCGAAGCUUUCAGGGCUGAGCAGAAGUGGCCUUGA